AUGCCUAUAGAAUCUCUGAUGUUGGCGGCCGCAGGCCUUGCCUCGCUACUCCCUACCCCUGGCGAAGUCGCCAGCGCCAUCACAAGUAUUGGUACAGAGCCUAUUAAAAAUUUAGGAAUAUUCUAUCAGAGCAUCCAGGAGGGCGAGGCGGCGAGACAGCAAGCAAGCACAACCAAGAUUCUCAACAAGCAUCUCCCAGACCAGAUCAAUGACAACCGCAACUAUAUGAACAGCCUCACAGAGCUCAAUCAUGCUAAAAUUAGCAAUGUCAGGCAGCUUAAAGACCAUUGGGAAAGGAUGGCCGACGCUCAAGUUCGUUGCUUGGACACCAUAGAGCAAACUGCUGGGAGCAUCGAUGGAGCAGUUUGGUUUUUAUCCAAGUCUUUCUCCAAGUCUUUCUCUACGACUGCAGAGAACAUACAGAAGGAUGCCAGGAGCAUCAACGAAGCGGUGUCGUCUACAUGCAAUUCUGUCUCCGAGCCCGCAGACUCAAUCAAGAAGGCUGCGCAAGAGAUUGUUCCGGAAAUUCAUGGCGUGCGUCUCAUAGCCAAGUCGCUAAGUGUGAGCGUUGUGGCCAUCGCAGCCAUCAUGGAGCAGCUGCUGGAGGAGGUCAAGCAAGUGAAUCACAAUCUGGCGAAUAUCCGAGAGGAACUCUGGCGCACCAACGUUCUCACCUCGUCUGGCGGCGCGGGCAAAAGUGGAUUCGCUGAGAUCGUAUAUAAUUUUGUCGACAUGGAGGCGGGAAGAGCCCAGUAUAAGAACGAUUGCUUCUUUGUCUGGCAUCCUGAUACCUCGUGGCAUCCAGCGUUUUAUGCAAAGGCCAAGGACACGCCACUGCCGGCUACAUUUUUGGGCGAGUCGGAUUGUCUGGACCGGCUGUAUAUUGCUAUGAAGGCUCUUCGGCAGGGAAUGAGGGAGCAGGGCAAUGAUCCCAGCGACGUUACGUUUCAUGUCUUGAUUCCGUCUUGGUACAAUAUCACGCUCACAGAUCCUCUUCAUUUUCCUGACGAGGUUCUUCCUCUGAGGCUGGUAGGACCAAAGCACGAUGGAAGCAAACCCUUGGUGUCAUUUGUUCUUCCUCAUCCACAGACAGCCUUGACUCUACAAGCGGUUGCAAAUAUCUUUGAGGAGAAGCCUCUUGAUCGAGAUACAGCAGAAAAUAUUCAGAUGACAACAAUCGUGACAUCGAGCCUAGGAACUAGCGCUGCCGGAGUGAUAAUGGGAGAGAUGGCGAUAAGAGCACGAGUGCUUGGGUCACAUCGUGAGCUGCAUCCGGAAGGGGAGGAAGCAGACUAG